AUGGUCUGGACCAGGCUAUCGCAAUGGCUUCCUCCGCGCAACACCGAUACCGACUACUGGUGGAAGCUGACGGGGUUACAUCUGGCUAAAAUGCUCGAAGCGGCAGGAUACAGCGCUGAUGAGCAGUUGGACGCCCUUCUCUUCCACUACCAUUGGAUUGUCCCAUACCUAGGCCCGUCCCCGGGGCCCAACAGCAGCGUUCAGUGGAAGUCGCUGCUCGGAGUGGAGGGCUCGCCCAUCGAAUACUCCUGGAAGUGGAACACGCCGUCCGGCAGCAAGCCGGAUGUCCGGUAUACCAUGGAAGCGAUUUCGCCCUUCUCAGGAACGUCGUUGGAUCCACUGAACCAGCAAGCGACAAUCGAGAUGUUACACCGCAUUGCGUCCGUCGUGUCCUCGGUUGAUCUCACCUGGACCAACCACUUCCUUGCUACGCUGUUCGACCACGACCGCGCUAAAUAUGCCCAGGAGGCAGCAGCUGGCACGCACUUCGCGACGAGCAUUGUCGUCGCAGCUGAGUGGUUGCCUCGAGGACUCAGCCUGAAGACGUACUUCGUGCCGCGUCGUCUCGGUCAGAAAGACGGGAUGUUGCCUUUGGCGGAGUGGGAAGAAUCUCUGGCGCUGCUGGCGCCGACGUGCCCUGCGAGGGCUGCCAUGCAUGAGUUCCUCAGCACGAGCCCCGAGGGCAGUGCGCUGAACCCAUACAUGCUUGCCGUCGACAAUGUUGUGCCGGAGAAAUCGCGGCUGAAGUUCUACUUCCAAACACCACACACUAGCUUCGCGUCCGUCCGCGAGAUCAUGACGCUCGGGGGCCGCAUCCCCGUCGUCGAAUCACACCUGCAGGACCUUCGCAGCCUGCUCCUCGCAAUAAAUGGCCUAGACACCGACUUUGCAGACGAUCAGGAAGUUCCCUGUCCCGAGCAGUACGACCCAUCCGCCAUAGACAACUUCGUUGAGCUCCCGAUCCUGCUAUCAGGAUAUCUAUACUACUUCGACAUUGCGCCAGGGCCCGCACUGCCUAGCAUAAAGCUCUACAACCCCGUGCGGCGGUACGGACCGGACGACCGUGCACUGGCAGACGGCAUUAUGCAGUGGAUGGAUGCUCACGGACGGGGGGCGUUCUGCGCGCAGUACAGCGCCAUGUUGGAGGACCUAACGCAGCACCGCAAUCUGGCGGACGGCAAGGGGAUGCAGACGUACGUCAGCUGUUUAAUUAAGGCUGACGGCGAGCUGGAUAUUACCACGUAUAUCGGGCCAGAGGCUUUUGAUGCUGUACGGUCGUAA